GCGUCUGCUUCUGCGCUUUGCCUGGGAGAGGCCCUGGUGGCCUCGUUCCUGGCGCCCGGAGUCCCUGCUGCGGCCCCACCCCCAGGCGGUCCCGGUGACCCAUGCUGCCCAGCCUGGAGGUAAAGUCGUUCCUGGCGGUGGCUUCGGCAUGUCGUCCUCGGUGAAAACCCCGGCGCUGGAAGAGCUCGCUCCUGACUCUGAGGAGAAGCCUAAAGGCAAGUCACCUCUCAGCUGGGGCUCUCUGUUUGGUCACCGAAGUGAGAAGAUUGUUUUUGCCAAGAGCGACAGUGGCGUGGAUGAGAACGUCCUGACCGUCACCAUCACGGAGACCACGGUCAUCGAGUCAGACUUGGGUGUGUGGAGCUCACGGGCGCUGCUCUACCUCACGCUGUGGUUCUUCUUCAGUUUCUGCACGCUCUUCCUCAACAAGUACAUCCUGUCCCUGCUGGGAGGCGAGCCCAGCAUGCUAGGUAGGCGGCAGCUCGCGCGGGGUGGAGACCAGCUGCCCGGGAGG